AUGACUGAUCAAGAAUAUAAAAUGAAAACGUUAUGUACUACUAAUACUACUACUACUACUACUACUACUACUACUACUACUACUACUACUACUACUACUACUACUACUACUACUACUACUACUACUACUGCUACUUCUACUACUACUACUACUACUACUGCUACUUCUACUACUACUACUACUACUACUACUACUACUACUACUACUACUACUACUACUACUACUACUACUACUGCUACUUCUACUACUACUACUACUACUACUACUACUACUACUACUACUACUACUACUACUACUACUACUACUACUACUACUACUACUACUACUACUACUACUACUACUACUACUACUACUACUACUACUACUGCUACUUCUACUACUACUACUACUACUACUACUACUACUACUACUACUACUACUACUACUACUACUACUACUACUACUACUACUACUACUACUACUGCUACUUCUACUACUACUACUACUACUAGCUACGAGUAA